GUAGGAAGAGAUUUACAAAGACUGACGUGGUACAAACAUCUAUCAUUAAACUUAUUCAGAGUUGAACGGCAUUUAGUAUUUCUUAUUUUUUACAGAUAGUAAUAAUUUAAAAAUGAAAUUAAUUCUUAUGUAUUUCUCAAUUGUUUUAUAUUUGAUUUAUUUAGUUGGAGUGAAAGCAAAUGAUUGUGAAGUAUGCGUAAAAACUAUAGAGAGAUUUGCGCGAACCCUUACGGAUCAGCAAUUAAAAGAUACAAAAACUAUUGAGAAUGCUUUCAGAGAGUUUUGUAAAACUGCUGGAAACAAAGAGCAAAGGCUUUGUUAUUAUCUCGGAGGACUUGAGAGCUCAGCAACUGGAAUACUAGCAGAAUUAUCAAAGCCUUUAAGUUGGUCUAUGCCUGCUAAUAAAAUCUGUGAAAAAUUAAAGAAGAAGGAUAUACAAAUAUGUGAACUACGUUUCGAUGAACAAAUCGAUGUAAAUGCAGUGGAUUUAAAAAAAUUAAAAGUAAGAGACUUAAAACGAAUUUUAAAUGAUUGGAAUGAAGUAUGUGAGGGAUGCAUAGAGAAAAUAGACUAUGUCAACAGAAUAGAAAGCUUGAAACAAAAACAUGCUCGAAGCGAUUUAUAAUUAUAUUUAAUUUUGUUAUACCUAGAAUCAAAUUAAAUUAAAACGUGUAUACAAAAAUAGAA